CAAAGACUGGUUCCCGUCAAUCGAAAAAAUCCAGCAAAAUUCUGCGGCGAUAAAAAGUUACAUAAUAAAAAUGGAAAUAGGAGGAGCAGAGUUUGAAAAUAUGAAAUGAAAAUGUAACUCCAUAUGAUGGCAGCUAACUCUUUGUUUUCCUGCUUUAGAGGAAAAAAAUUUUCAUACACACCUCAAGUUAAGAACCUACCAAGAAACCCUGUUAACUUGCUAAGAGUUAACAGUAUGGACAAACCUCCAGCACCAAAGAAAAGAAAGGUUGAAGAUGAAGAUGAAUUAUGGGGUGAUGAUGAUGAUGACUUUGAACUGACUCAGAAAGACUUUGAAAACCUCGACACUGAAGUAAUUGCCUCUCAGUCAGUAACAAAUGGGAGCACAUCUAGAAACAACUCAGCUGAUCCAGGACCAUCUGGGGCAGCAAGACCUAAAUUAUCACUAUCAAAAUCUGGAUCAGACAGGUCCUCCAUGUCCUCUGGACACUAUCAGCAUUCAUUUAUAAAGCCUCAUCCUGUCAACAGCUCUUCAUCUUCAGAAUCUCUGAACCCAGCAUCAACAUCUACUAGUAGAAAUACCAGUUCAUGUAGUUCAGAGGAGAUACCAUUUGCACCGCAGAGUAGGCGUACUUCUUCAUCGCAUUCCCUCGAUGCCAAUGAUCAGUCCCUCACUUCCAUGUAUCUGAAGAAUCCUAUUAUUGAAGCUGAAAUUGACAAACUGAAACAAGAAUGUCAGCGUCUUCAAAAAGAGCUUGAAAGUGCUAAAGAUGACAGAUAUUCCAAUGAAGGAAGACUAAAGAUUUUACAAGAUAACCUUUCAAGGAAAGAUGCAGAGUUGGGAGACAUAAGACAAGAAAGAGCUAAAUAUAUAGAACAACAGAAAAGGGAACAAACAGAGAAAGAAAAAAACUUACAGACUGAAGUUGACAAGCUGACUACACAGUUACAAUUCAAAGACAAGGAACUGGAUAAUUUCAGGGACAGAUGUAGAACAUUAGAAUCAGCUUCUGCUGCAGGGCCCAGUGUCAGUCCUGUUCGUAGUCCUCGUGUAUCAAGUCCUGUUGUUAAGAAGCAGAAAACAGAAGAAAAAUCACCCAAGGGACGGUCAUCAUUUCCUACGUCACAAAGUUUUAUGGCUGAAAAUUUUAUGACACAACCAUCAACAAGUCGAGCUGGUUACAAACUGGUAGAAACAAGAGAUGAAGGUACCAUGGCCAUGGCAACAGAGCAGCCAAUUAAUGCAGAAUCUUCAAAUCCUAGACAUUUUAGGCUAAAAUUAAGAUGCCCAAGAGGUGAUGUUCCGGGUGUAGAACUGCUGGCAGAUUUGUUAGAUUCUGAUCUAGGUACAGAAAAGUCUGGAGAAGAGAAAGGAAUUGUGGGACUUUUACAGAAAAGGACUUCAGUAGUAGAUUUACAAUCUUUACAGUUUGAUAGAGACAGCAGUAACUUAUUAUCACCAGUAAAUAAUAAAAGAGUACUGGAAUUGAAACAUCAGCAUUCAUCAAUUGUGUCUCCUGAAAAACCUGUCAGAAAAUCUAUUAUCUCCCCUGACAGUUACUCUUCAGCAAUUCAUGGCAUGAAAUGUUUACUACGUAAUCAACAGACUUUCCAAAGUAGAACAGAAACAAAUAUUGUUUUAACAGAAAAUACAUUAAAUGGUGCUAUAUUAAUUUUACCGAUGAUUGACGAUUAUUUAGCUCAGUAUAUUGACAUGUUGAGAAGUAAUUUAGAUGCUAGAACAUGUGUCAGUCCUCGUAGCUCUUAUACUUCAUCAGGUUCGUCUAAAUCAAGUUUUGACAGUUCCAUACAAUCUUUGACUGGAUCAUUAGAUAUGUUAUUAAAGGAUAGUGCUGAUUUUGCAAAUAAUUUAGAAAAUAUGGCUUUAGUGACACUACAAGUUUUACAUAAAUUGGUGUCAUUUUCUACUGUUAUACGGAACAUUUUAUUGAAUGUGGAAAAAGGACUGCAACCUAUGGAAUCUACUGAUGAGGGUGAGCAACCAAUGGAAACAGAUAAAAGUAGUCCUGAAUCAUCUCUAGAUUCCGAUUGGUCAAUAUCUUCAGAGAAAUUUUCGAAUCUUCUGGUUCUAAAGAAAGUAAUAAAAAUAGCUGAUUGUGGUCAAAAGGAAAGGUGGUAUAAUAGUUUGGUUGUACAGAAAUGUUUUGAUAUCUUGAUUGUAUUAGGAACUAACACUACAGAAGAACAGCUUGUAAGUUUACAGCCUGAAAAUAUCGGAAGAGUUUUGAUAAAUGCUUUAGACUGCAGGACAGAUAAACAAAUGGUGCUAUGUGCUCUCCACCUCAUCUCUACUUUGGUCCAGUAUAACAAAGUUGUAUCAUCUUUAUGUAUUUGUACAGAAGGUUGUGUAUUACUGAACAUGUAUCAGGCUUGUACAGAUUUGAUAGAAACAGAAACUGAUGAAAGUGUGCUUGUUAUAGGUAAACUGGUUUUAGAAAUAUUACUUUCAAUUCAGAAUGUACACAAAGGAGGUAUUGUAUUGCUGUGUGAAGCUGGGUGUACCUGUAGCGUAAAGGUGGUACAGACAGUUGUAUUACUGGUACACAAAUUGCUAAAGAUUUAUGAGAACUGUUUGAACCAGUUUAUCUUAGAUGAUAUCAUUAAAGGUUUACAGUUGUUACAUAUGAUGUCACAAAAACAAGACACUUUUGCUGAUAAUCAUUUUCAUGUGGAACAUCAGUAUGUUCAAUUUGUGUGUGGUCUGAUUAAAGUCCUAAAAGAUCUACCUGGCAAUUAUGAACCUGAAAUAAUGGCACUUGGUGAUUUAUGGGAUUUUAAUCAAGAUGAUUCAGAGUUAAUUCAAGAGAGUGAUGAGGAACCAGGCUAAAACUAUUUUAUAUUUUCAUCAAUGUACUAAUAAAUUUAACCUGAUUCUUAGCUGUCAUACUUCAAAAUACAUUUUACAAACAUGUUUUCAAAAUAUAUAUAGACCUAUUGAUAAUACUCUCAGUAGCCAAAUAUCUUAUCUUCUAAAAAUAUGUUUUGUGUGUUAUGAUUUAAAUUUGCACGCAAUGAAACUAUGUUAACAUGAUUUUAACUUCUAAAGUUUUCUUGCAAAUAAUUCUACUGCUCUUUUCAUGUAUUUAUAACAAGAAUAUAAUGUUAAGAAAAUUAUAAUACAAAACCUUCAGUGAAAUUUGGUUACAGUAAAUUCAAUAAUUUUGUGCAUUUCAUUAUUUUGAUUUUGUUGAUCAACAGACAAUAAUACAAGAUUGAUUAAUCAGGAAAUGAUGCAUAAAAAUGAUAAGGUGAUGAGAGUUAGAAUAUAAGGUCUUAAUAAAACAUAAAAAUAAUAAAGUGAUGAGAGUUAGAAUAUAAGGUCUUAAUAAAACAUAAAAAUAAUAAAGUGAUGAGAGUUAGAAUAUAAGGUCUUAAUAAAACAUAAAAAUAAUAAAAUGAUGAGAGUUAGAAUAUAAGGUCUUAAUAAAACAUAAAAAUAAUAAAGUGAUGAGAGUUAGAAUAAAAGGUCUUAAUAAAACAUAAAAAUAAUAAAGUGAUGAGAGUUAGAAUAUAAGGUCUUAAUAAAACAUAAAAAUAAUAAAGUGAUGAGAGUUAGAAUAUAAGGUCUUAAUAAAACAUAAAAAUAAGUCUUAAUAAAACAUAAAAAUAAUAAGGUGCACACAAUAAUUUCUGAAUUUACAGUAUAAUAACAUGGAAAUAUUUCUGAAUUUACAGUAAUUUGUGGAUAUGUAAUACAUGUACCAUAGUUAUAGUACUUUCAUAUUAUUUAUAGAUAAGUAUAAUUAACAUUUUUGGUUUCACAUUUUACAGUUGUUAAUUGUUGCUAUUUAAAUUGUUUUCUUGUUUGUUAUAAGUUGUUGAUAAAUUCUGUAAUGUGUAAAUAAUAUGUGUAUAUAUAAUUAUAAAUUUACAGAUUUUAGAAAUUAUGACACUUUAUAUUCAUCAA